UCACCAGGUGUGGGUGUUCGACGCGGUCGUGACUGUGUUCGGUUUAUGGCGACUUAGCGAUCGUCGAGUGAUAAUUUCAUUGCUCUUUUAUUCAUCACCAGUUUCGCCUUCAAGUCUUCCAUAUAUAAAAGCCAUUUUGAAACCACCAAUCCUAGUUUUUCCGGGAGGAGGACCGAAGGACCGAGUAUGAACCACGAAGAAGUGGGCUAUCAGCUUCGUCAAGUUCUGGAGAAGGGAGAGUUGUUGACCCUCGCUGACAGAAUCAAGGACAACUACCCCUAUUGCCUGCAAGUAUGAGAGAUGUACAACACCUUGCUACUGACCGCCAGGGGACUGAAUUCUUGCUUCCAGUACGAGAUUUACGUCCUGAAAAAUUACCAGAACUCUCAUGUCAUCAUUUGGAGGUCACUGAUAGAAUGGAAGAACAUGAGCAUAUAUUGCAGAGAAGAAGAGGUUCCUCUUCUCAUCAAGGUUAUGAAGAGCAGUCAUUUCUUGGAUAUAGUUAAAGAAGUGCCAGUCCUUUUCCUCUCAAAGUACCAAGCAGAUCGAGUGUACCAGAGGCUUCAGGAGAUUUCUGCGAAGCCCCUCGUGAGAAGGCCUUUUUUCUGUUACGUCUAUGUCACACGACAAGAAAGUCCUCUGAGGUGUCCAGCAGGUAUGAAGGUCCAGAGACUGGGGAGGGCAGGCAUCCAAAAACUACUGGAAAACAACCAAUACUGGAAGACGGCUUCUGGAGAGCUUGUUUGCCGACUGUCAGAAAACCUGCCAGCGCUAGGGAUAUUCUUAGACCCAGAAGUUGAGGACGAGACGGUCGUUGACUUAAACAACCUUAGUUUUGCAGAACCCGAAGAAGUCCCCAUAGCACAGGCCUUCACAAGCCCUUAUGGUUCUGUUGCUUCUUUGUGCACUGAUGUUCAGUACAGGAAGCGUGGGCUAGGAAGUCUUCUGGUCUCGUUGAUAGGUCGGCUCCUCAUGGCCAAAGGAUGGUGUAUUCCUCAUAGUGUUGUAUAUUGCAAGAAUGAAGCCUCCAACGGAUUAUAUGAGAAGCUGCCAGGCUGGAAGAAAACUCACUGUGCCAACAGGAUAUUCCCUGCUCAGUGAGGGGUCCUUUUGCGUGGUUGUUGUCUAAGCAAUUCAAUCCUCUCUUCAUGUUUAUGCAUGAAACAUGACUUGUUUUGAUUUUAAGCCAAAUAUUGUAAAUUGUAUAUUUAUGGUGAAUUAUUAAAUUUCGUCUUUAUUGGAGUAACUUUUUCCUGCAUCUCUGAAAUCUCCAAAUAGCUUUUGAUACACAACACUCUGUCUACCAGUAUUUCUGACAUUUUUUCUCCCUGUCUCUUUCGAUCUUCUUAUCGUCAUUCUUAGACAACUGAUUUGUUGAAUCAAAGACUCAUCAUUAUCAAGCGAAAACAUUUCAAAAGUCAUGUUCCUCUUCUCAUCAAACUCCACUUUUCAUUGUUCACCUUUCAUUUCUUCAUUUUAUUUCCAUUGUCACAACGUUGAAGCAUCGCUAUCAGAGGAGGAAUUCCCGAGUGAAUUGAAACAAAAGCUUCGCAGUCGAUAGAUUUCUCCGCACCCAAUUAUCUUUACAGAGAGUGGUCCCUCCGGAAUAGUAUUUGUUCCCACUGAGGUUUCACUGAUCACGAACCAAUGCUCCAUUUUAUUUUGUUUCUCUACCCAGUUUAAGCAGUGCUUAUGUAUUCAUUGUGUGUACUGUGAUAAAAUCUAGAAUUCUCAAACUGCAAUCCCUGACUUGGGGGAACCACAUAAGUAACUGUUUCUAGCGCGAAAGAUAGUUAACCUUGUUUGGCUGUUAAUGAUGUUAUCAACAUCAUCGCUGAUUGGUCCCUCUAGUUUUUACUAUUUUACUAUGGUGGAAAGAUGCCAAAGGUCGCUGGUAAUUACUUAUCAAUAUAUUUUUUUAGAAGGAUCAGACUUCAUGCACUUUUAAUGAACAUAUAUCAAGAGAAUCUUUUUGGUGUUUAUAGGAAUAUCAGUCUAAAGGUGAGUUUACACUAGGCUUCACCGCAUGCUGCAUAUGUAAGACUCAUCACCAACUACUCCCAAAUUCUUGUUAGCCCCACCUACUGGACUGCUCAUCAAGACUCACGCGCACCACUAACUCUCCCUUAUGAGCAGUCCAGUAGGCGGGGUUAAGAAUUUGGGAGGAGUUGGUGAUGAGUCUUACGUAUGCAGCGUGUGGUGAAGCCUAGUGUAAACCUACCUGUUUAUUUGACAGCGGUAACAAGGUUCAAGAUUAACAUAUUAAUGAGGGACAUAUCCAUCCUAAUGGCUAAUUAGCCUUUCGAUAUGAUAUAUUCAUAAACUUUUAAAGUUUUCUUGACAAAAAACAUACAGAACCCAGUUGUCCAGUAAGGAACUUUU